CAGUUCCUGAUUCUUCUCCUCAGCACAACCUGCAGAACCUGUUCCAGCAAUGGGGGAAUCUUACAUCAUAUGUAUAGACUUUGGAACAACAUACAGUGGAUAUGCUUUCAGUUUGACAUCCAGAGAAGAAGAAGUAGACCCCCAUGUGAAGUUUUGGGGUGAAGAAGUUGGACUAAAAACCCCAAAGACUCCAACCUGCAUCCUGUUUGAUGAACAUCAACAGUUUGUCAGCUUUGGAUAUGCAGCCAGACAGACCUAUUUAAGAAACUCAGGCAAAGAAUCCAGAGCAAAGUUCUUCUUUGAUCGUUUUAAGAUGUCACUCUAUGGCAAAAAAGUCACCACAGAUAUGAUAAUCAAAGCAGCCAAUGGGAGGGAAAUGAAGGCUCUGACAGUUUUUAAAGAAGCUUUAAGGUUCCUGAAGGAAGACGCUCUGAAAACCAUUCAGCAAAAUACUGAAGGAAGGAACUUCACAGCCUCUGACUUCACCUGGGUGCUGACUGUUCCUGCCAUCUGGGAUCAUUCAGCCAAACAGUUCAUGAGAGAAGCUGCAACUCAGGCAGGAAUUGUAACAGAUGGAACUGAAAACAAUCUGGUGCUUGCUCUGGAACCAGAAGCAGCUUUAGUUUACUGUAAGAAACUACCAUCUGAGGGUUUCAUAGCAGAAAACCGAGGUGAAAGCAAACUGGACCAAUCUCCAGGAACUCAGUAUAUCGUUGUUAAUUGUGGAGGUAUGACAUUUUCAAUGGUGGCUGUUUUAAAUGAAUAUGAAUAUUUUAAAAAAAUAGUUAUAGUGGGAUGCACAGUGGCCAGGAUUUUCUCUCUGCAAGGUAACAGUGCCAACAACUGCAUCACCACUGUUAGAAUUUUAGCUGUU